GUUAAACAAGUUCAAAUCAGAAAGGGAGAUCACCACCACUUACUAUAGCCUAUCCUCUCCCCUGAUUCAAGAUCAGUGUUCUGAUUGGCCAAAAUGAUUUGGGCGACCGUGGACCAACAGGCCUCUGAUAAAGUUCAGUUAGAAGUGAUAUGUGGCAAAUAGUGGGACAGUUAUAUGAAUACAGGACUUAACGCUUGCAUUAAUACGCGUGCACAUCUGAUGAAAAAUACACGGAGAUAUGGCGUUGACGCAUGAAAAUAGUAUGGAAUUAAAAACACUUCUGCCAGCCGGGAAUUCCGAAAAAAAUGACACGGGGCAAAAUUCAGAAACGGUACAUACAACUGUAACAGACCACGAAGGACGACCACUUUCAGAAGAAAGCGAUUCAGAUUCACCCGAGAAUUCUGUGCAAUCUUCGAAAUUAAGCACACUUGGUAAAGAAUCACCGAUGGCAUCGUCACGAAGGUCUUCGCGUUCUCAAGAAACGGCAGCAUCAUCUGCUUCAGAACCUACGAUACUCUCAAGAUGCUUUAAAUGGUGCAAGUCAGGACAACGAGCUCAAGAGGAGGCAUCUAGGAAAAGAAGCCAUCAAGCGCUGCCGAUAAACAUGCGUCCAACCAGUAAAGGUACGCCUCAUUAUGGUAUAUCCUGUGCUGUCUGCAAUGUCGCUCCAAUACUGGGAACUCGCUGGAAGUGCAGUGAUUGUCCCGACUAUGACAUGUGUUCCACCUGCUAUGAGGAAAAAAGAGAACAGCACGAUAUGUCACAUCAGUUCAUAAAAAAGGAACCUCCUGCAUUUUAUAAGAAAAUAUAUACAAGUGGGAGAAUCAUUUUUAUGAAAGACAACAAAAGGGUUCAUAACAGAGAUGAUUAUCACGAUGCAGAAUACAUCAAGAUAAAUGCUGAUGCUGGGGACAAUGAAAGUACUCUGCAGCAAGUAGCGGAAAGAAUUGUUGACAAGCUGUGGCAGAUUCGUCAUAAAAAUCUUCUGCUGUCAGUCACUGACGGUGCGGAUGAGUUGGAUGAAAACGGUCGUAGCGCAUUCACAGAAGGCCUCAAAAAGAUGUUACCAGAAAGUGAAACUGGUUUACAGAAAGGGUUAGAUUUGUGAAAAUAAUACUGUGAUCAGUGGAAGUUAACGGUAAAUACACACAAAACUAAAGUCAUGGUUUUUAAAAAAGGAGGAAGACUAAGACGAAAUAUAAGAUUCCUUUAUGAUAGCAACGUUUUAGAAAUUGUUGAUAAAUUUACGUAUUUGGGGUUUGUCUUUUCCUCAGGGGGCUCAUUUUCCAAAACAUUUGAUAGCCUGUGUGGACAAUCUCUGAAAGCUGACAUUAAGACAAUAUUUGUCGAAAUGUUAUAACAUUUCAUUACAACACAGGUUAGAAAUGUUUGAUAAAUCAGUUUAUCCGGUUUUAAGUUAUGGCUCCGAAAUAUGAGGAUUACAGAGCAAUAUAAAGAUAGAGCGAAUACAUUUAAAUUAUUGCAAAGUACUUUUAGGAGUACGAAGGCAAACACAGAAUAACACAGAACUAGGAAGACCAUCUUUAUCUGUCAGACAUAGCGUUAAUGUAAUUAGAUAUUGGUUAAAGAUAGUAAAUACAAAUGCUAUUAAAUAUGUAAAACUUGUUUAUGAUAUUAUGUUCCGAGAAUUAGAAACUUACCGCAAUAACAGAUCUUGGGUCUACAUGGUAAAAAGUCUUUUAGGUAAUUGUGGUUUCAACAAUGUGUGUCUGAAUCAAGGGGUAGGGGAUGUAGACAUGUUUUUGAAAAUCUUUAGAGUAAGAGUCACGGAUAUGUUUAUACAAAAUUGGAAAAACGAAUUGAGCGAAUGAACUAGAGCAAAAACAUACAUAUUAAUAUCCGAUUUUAAAUUUCAAUCCUAUUUAAAUGAUGUUAACAUUCCAAAAUACAGAAUGGCCCUCUCUAGAUUAAGAGUCUCUACACAUAGGCUUAAAGUUGAAACGGGAAGAUGGCAAAAACCAAUAGCUAUUCCUUAUGAAGAAAGAAAAUGUCCUUUAUGCAAUCUUUAAGAAGAUGAGUACCACUUUGUUAUGGAGUGUACAUUAUAUACUGAUAUCAGAAAAGCUUAUUAAAAACCGUAUUAUUACAUAAGACCAAAUAUGUUUACGUUUAUAGAUUUAUUGACCUCUCAAAAUGGUAAUAUUGUUAAAAAUUUAGCUAUGUAUAUUUAUAAAGCAUGGGAAAUAAGAAAUACGUAUACUACAUAUUAUGAUUAGUGUUGGUUGUUGGUAUAUAUUUAUGCACCGAUUCUCGCUGUAUAUUGUCUUUUCUAAAAUACCCAAUAUUUUUUUUAAUUUUUAAUUGUUUUUUGGACAAUGUACCGAUCUUUAUGUGUGAUGUUUAUAAUUUGAAUGACCUGUGGCUUUGUUUAAUGUAUAUUGUAUUGGCAUUUCAUGUAUACUCAUGGACUUAUUGUCUACUGUAUUAUCAAAUAAACUCUAUAUAUUAUUGUCUAUUUUACAAGGAUUUCAUUUCACUAGACUCAUUUUUUGCGCACAUCUGACAUACCAUAUCGACGUCCCACACACCAUUUCGAAUGUUUAUACCCGCGUAAGACUCCGAUUCAUUUGAACGUUAUAUAUAUAUGAUUAUUUUUAUUUUGCUUUAAAUACAAGCUACCAGGAGUUUUUUGGUGAAUAUGUGAAGAUGAAAUGUGGUUUUGAAUGGCGCCUGAACACGCGGAUGCGAUUCAUCGUCACACAAGCGCGCUAUUUUUUUAAGACCAGAAAAUAAAAAAUAAAUUAGUUCAAAUGUGAUGACAUAUUUUAUUGCAGUGUAAUGAAGGGAUGAAUAUCAUUUUGUCAGAAAGGUUUCUCUCCAGUUUGUUUCAUGAAGUUAAUGUCUUUAAAAAACACAUUUGUUUCCCACCAAAUCAAAGGCACGAAUGAUCCAACAAAAUUGUAUUAAUGUGUAUAUGCAUAAUCUCUUCAGCGCAUAUAUUUCUUCGCAUAUUCGUAGGACCUUCGCUUGACAUAUUUGUUUAGUAAAUUGUUGCCUUUGAUCACCUAUUUAAAAGUAUG